GACAGGGUGCCAGCUGGGCUGCAGUGCGCCCUCCCGGAUGCCCCACGCGCAGGGCACAGACCGCCAGGUACAAACUGAGUGCUUUGAGGGUGAAAGGCGGCUCCCCGAGCUCCAGCAAGGAUGCGGGUGGGAGGGGCCCAGAGCCCAGGGCACGCCCCGGCAGGUCCCAUGCCAGGGUCUUCCGAGACCUGGCGUCGCUCACCCUGAGCGGCCGGCUACAUAAGUCCCCCGCUGAAGGCAGAGCGCACGGAGCUGCCACCUGGGCGCAACGGCUUCCCAGAGGGCAGAGAGUUCGGGUUUGCUGCCCCGGAGGACAGAAGUAAAGGGACAGGGAGAACGGUCACCUUUGGGCUGCAGCCCUUCUCUCCAGAGCCGGCGCCUCGCUCCGCAACCUGCGUGAGGAUGGUGAGCCCGACAGCCUCGGACGUGCCCCCGACCACGGCGGUCAAGCUCGCCUCAGCCGGAGUGGCGGCCUGUGUGGCGGAUGUCAUCACCUUCCCGCUGGACACGGCCAAAGUCCGGCUACAGAUUCAAGGUGAAUGCCGGACCCCCACUGCCAUUAGGUAUAAAGGCGUCCUGGGAACAAUCAUCACUCUGGCCAAAACAGAAGGGCCGGUGAAGCUCUACAGUGGGCUGCCUGCCGGCCUCCAGCGACAGAUAAGCUCUGCCUCUCUCAGGAUUGGGCUGUAUGACACCGCCCAGGAGUUCUUCACCACAGGGAAAGAAAGUAGUUUAGGAAGCAAGAUCUCAGCUGGCCUAGCGACUGGAGGUGUGGCAGUAUUCAUUGGGCAGCCCACAGAGGUCGUGAAGGUCAGACUUCAAGCACAGAGCCAUCUACAUGGUCUCAAACCUCGCUACACUGGGACUUACAACGCGUACAGAAUUAUCGCAACAACUGAAGGAUUGACGGGUCUUUGGAAAGGAACGACUCCCAAUCUGGCAAGAAGUGUCAUCAUCAAUUGUACAGAGCUAGUAACGUACGACCUAAUGAAGGAGGCCCUUGUGAAAAACCAACUGCUAGCAGAUGAUGUGCCCUGUCACAUUGUGUCAGCUGUUAUCGCCGGAUUUUGCACAACGGUUCUGUCCUCGCCAGUGGAUGUGGUGAAAACCAGAUUUGUUAAUUCUGCACCAGGACAGUACCCGAGUGUGCCCAACUGCGCGAUGACAAUGCUCACCAAGGAAGGCCCAUCGGCUUUCUUCAAGGGAUUAGUGCCUUCCUUCCUGCGACUCGGGUCCUGGAACGUCAUUAUGUUUGUGUGCUUUGAGCAGCUGAAGCGAGAGCUGAUGAAGUCAAGGCAGACCAUGGACUGCGCCACAUGAUCCCCCUCAGGAAAAGGCUGUGACAUACCAGUGGGAGUCUGCUCACUGGGGAAUUAAAAACAAACAGAAGAACUAUUCACUUUAUCUCACCCUAAAAACAUAAAGGAAUUCUGGUAGAGUAGAGAUUUUUGGACUUUUCUUCUUCAAAGGAAAACUAAUACCUAUUAUUUCUUGUGACUUUUAUUUUCAGUGUUUUAAGGAGGGGAAAGCAAGACAUUCAGGAUACACUCUGGCAAAUGUAACGGCCGGGGAAGUUACUGCAUUUUGUGCAUGUGUUCCGGGG